AAGUGUAUGACUGAAGGUUGAAUAUAUCAUACUGGUGAUGUUACCUUUCCUGGCAAGCUAUCUUGUAUUACGUAAUUCAUAUACCCACAUGUCCGAAAGACCUCCACGCGCACUACUCUUUUUGAAAUCCCCACUAUACCUCUAAAAAUCAACAAUGUAACUCAAUCUUCAUGCACUUUCGACAAUUUAAGAUAAAUACUAAAAAAGAAGCCCAGAAUUUUAGAGAAUUGUAACUAAAAUCGCAAAAAAUACCAACCAUUUUGAUAACUUUUUUAAACUGGAGUCUGAACUGGAUUUAUCUUCUUUACUUGCAUCAGCCAAUUUAACCUUUACCCACGUGCUGUAUUAUACUCACUGCGCACACUCCAUGACCUAGAUAUCAGGGACAAGUUGUUGUUUUAUAUUUUAUCAUAUAUUUUAAAUCAAAGUUAAAACAAUGAAAUUCUGCAAAAUUUCUUCAAAUGAUAAGAUUUUGCAAUAAAAAUGCUAAUUUAAAACCAAACCAUAAACAAAAGAGCCUGAAAUAGAUCUUUGAUCAAAAUUAAGUCGACUUCGUAAAAGGUUCAAUAACAGCUCCCGCCGGCCAUCGAACAGUCCAGAAAGACUCGCUGCAAUCAGAAAGGUGAUACCAAUUCUCAUAAUUAGGCUCAGAAAAGCUGAAGAAUUAAUUGACAACUAUUUAGAUUAAGCGUUAAAAGGUAACAAAUUCAAGAUGUUCCGAUUACCAAGUGUUGUACGUUCCACCCUUGCUCGUCAGAUGACACCAUGUUAUGUCAGAUGUUAUUCUGCAAAAGAUUUGAAGUUUGGAGCUGAUGCACGAUCUCAGAUGUUACAUGGUGUUGAUACCUUGGCUGAUGCUGUGGCUGUUACCAUGGGACCAAAGGGUAGAAAUGUUAUAAUAGAACAGAGCUGGGGAAGUCCAAAAAUCACAAAGGAUGGUGUAACAGUAGCUAAAUCCAUAGAAUUAAAGGAUAAAUUUCAAAAUAUUGGAGCGAAAUUGGUCCAAGAUGUAGCUAAUAACACAAACGAAGAAGCUGGAGAUGGAACUACAUCUGCUACUGUUCUAGCUCGUUCUAUUGCUAAGGAAGGCUUCGAUUCCAUCAUCAAGGGAGCUAACCCAAUUGAAAUAAGGAGAGGUGUUAUGAUAGCUGUUGAUAAAUGUGUGGAUGAAUUGAAGAAAAUGUCUAAAAAUGUCACAACUCCAGAAGAAAUAGCUCAGGUAGCUACUAUAUCAGCUAAUGGUGACAGUGAAGUAGGUGAAUUGAUCUCCAGUGCUAUGAAGAGAGUUGGACGUGAUGGUGUCAUUACUGUUAAGGAUGGUAAAACAUUAAAAGAUGAACUAGAAACUAUUGAAGGGUUGAAAUUUGAUAGAGGUUAUAUUUCUCCUUAUUUUAUGAACAAAGCAAAAGGAGCUAAAUGUGAAUAUCAAGAUGCUCUAGUAUUAUUUAGUGAGAAGAAGAUAUCCAGUGUUCAGUCUAUUGUACCAGCUUUAGAACUGGCUAAUCAAGCCAGGAAACCAUUAGUUAUUAUAGCAGAGGAUGUGGACAGUGAAGCUCUUUCCACUUUAGUAUUAAAUAGAUUAAAAGUUGGUUUACAAGUUUGUGCUGUGAAGGCUCCAGGCUUUGGUGAUAACAGAAAAAAUACUUUAUUAGAUAUGGCUAUUGCUUCAGGAGGACAGGUAUUUGGUGAUGAAGCCAGUAUGUAUAAAGUAGAAGAUGUCCAGAUGCAAGAUUUUGGAAAUGUUGGUGAAAUUAUUAUCUCUAAGGAUGAUACUCUUAUUAUGAAGGGUAAAGGUGAAAAAGAUGAGAUAGAAAAGAGAAUGACUCAGAUCAGAGAUGAGAUAGAAAUGUCUACAUCGGAAUAUGAAAAAGAAAAACUUAAUGAAAGAUUAGCCAAGCUAUCAAAUGGUGUGGCUGUACUCAAAGUUGGAGGAACAAGUGAAGUAGAAGUCAAUGAAAAGAAAGAUAGAAUAAAUGAUGCCCUGAACGCCACUAGAGCUGCUGUAGAAGAAGGUAUUGUUCCUGGUGGUGGAACAGCUUUAUUGAGAUGUACUCAAGCUUUAAAUGAAUUGAAAGCUGACAAUGAUGAUAUUCAAAGAGGUAUUAACAUUGUAUUAAAAGCUCUACGUGUUCCCUGUUUAACAAUUGCUAAAAAUUCAGGAGUUGAUCCCCAUGCUGUAGUAGAAAAAGUUGCCAAUGGUCAAGCUGAUUUUGGGUAUGAUGCAAUGAAAGGAGAGUAUGAUAAUUUAAUUUCUAGGGGUAUUAUUGAUCCAACAAAGGUUGUUCGAACAGCUUUAGUGGAUGCUGCUGGUGUGGCCUCUCUAUUAACAACAGCAGAAACUGUAGUGGUAGAAAUUCCUAAACCAGAGCCCGAGGGACCCCCCGGUGGUAUGGGGGGAAUGGGUGGUAUGGGUGGUAUGGGAGGCAUGGGCUUCUAGACUCUAGUGUGAACUGACAUUAUGAAAGACUAAAAGCUCUAUUCUUACUGCUGUCAACUGGAACAAUUACAUUCUGCAAUAAGACUGAAAAAUAAUUAUAUGAAUUAAAUAAAUUAUAUUUAACAAAUAAUCACUGUAAAGUAAACAGACAUCUGUAAAUUGAAUUGUGGUUUUCUUUUUGUAUCAAUGGGAAAAAAUCCCAGAGUGAAUUUUUAGUACUGUUGAGUUGAGAAACAAAGAAAUCUCGUCGCUAAGUAAUUUUGCACACAAUUGACAGCAGUAUAAAUAGCUUAAUAUUUUAUUUUCCAUCAAUCGAUACAGUGAGAUUGUGAACAGAGUGCUAUUAUUAAUGAAGGAAGAUAACAUUGUUUGAAUGUGAACAAAUCCAGCUUUCAGUUUCCCGUGAAUCAAAAUCCAUCUAACAUCUAUCUCUGUUGUAUCCAUAUUUGUCAAUGUGGUGAUAUUGAUGAAAAUGGCAAAGAACCUCAAAUGUAUCAUCAGGGAUUUAUAAUUGUAUAGUACUACAGAAUGAGUCUUGUAUGGUUUAAAGUUGACAUAUCUUGCAUUUCAAUGACAUAGUAGUUUGUUCAUGAAUGAAUUUUUAAAAACUUUGUCUAUGAUAUUGUAGCAUUAACUGUUAUUUAUAUUGAGGACAUUUUGAAUGAAUUAUUUAGAAAUAUAUUUGAAGAAACCUUUAUAAUUGUCCAAUUGUUUGAGUAAGUGUGAAAAUAAUGUAUAAGUACUGUACAAUUCCUGUGAAAAUCAUUUGACUUAUUAAUUAAUGGAGCUUGUAAGAAAUAUUUCCUAGUUUGUUAAGAUGAUGUUUGUUAUAGACAAGAUUGUUAGUUAUAGAUCAAAAGUGUAGUAGUUCCAGACCCAUUGACCUUUUCUCAAGAAAUCUUAUAAUUAUAUUAUUGUUGAGUGACCAAAAUUUACUAUAAAAAUUUUAUUGUAGGAUUUUUGAGAAAAAGGCCCUGGCAUUUAAAUCAUUCAAUGUAUGAUGAAUAAAAGUAAUUUUGUGUACUGCAUGAACAUGAAAUCUGAAAAACACAAUCAAAAGCAUACAUCCAUGUUUGAGGUUGGAUUUAACAUAAACAUAUUCACCCCUUGAACCCAGGCACUGUACUGUACUCUGCUGAGAAGACUUUAUUGUCCAUUUUGUUCAGAACCAAUGUUAAUCUAGUUUGUAUGUUUCCUAUAUUGACCAAUCAGUAUGAAAAGUUUUACAGAUAAGAUAAAAUUUGAGUUUUAUUUUAGAGGUAUAAUUGUGUGAAAUGGUAUAGUAUGUAUAUAGAUAGUAUUUUAUAGUAGAACAAUAAUCACUCUAGGCUACACCCCUCCCUCAGUGUUAAUGUUGUGUGAUAAACAGAUAUAAUUCAUUAUCAUUUUGAUUAAUAAAACAAUUUAAAUUACA